UUGCAGUCAUCACAGUUCAGUGUUCUUAAUCUGUGCGUCCAUGUACACAUAUAUGUCCUUUAUUACACUCUAUUAAAUAGAGUAAACAUCGUUAAUAACUGUUUGCAUCCGGUUGUAUUAGUCUGAGCGCACUUUGACGCUUCUCGAGCUAGCUUAGCUUGCUAGUUAGCUUAGCGUGUUAGCUGCUAACAAAGAGAGGCGGAAGUGAUGAAAACACAUCGCUAAGCAGAGAUCAAGUGUGAGUGUAAAGUGUUGUGAUUGUGUGAAAAUGUGCGAAAGAACGAUAGCAGAGUACGAGGAGGAACUUUGUCCAACAAAAGAGGAGAAGGAGCGACAACAUGAAAAACAUCAAGUUGUGUUACACAGAACAGACAUCCAUCAGCUGAUUGGACACCAAGAAGAAUGUCUCCCUCAUCUGCAGGGGGACAGUUUCACUUUAGAGGAUACACAGCUCUCACACUUUAAAGGGGAUGAGGAGGAUCCACAGCCCCCCUAUUUUAAAGAGGAAGAGGAGGGAGAGUGUCCUGUAGGGCAGGAGGAGGCUGAUCUCACCAAGUUUCCACUGACUGUUGUCUCUGUGAAGACUGAAGAGCAUGAAGACAAAGCACCUGAGUCCUCACAGCUUCAUCACAGUCCAAACGUCUGUGAAAAAUAUCGUCCACCUGAGCAGCAGGAGGGGUCCUCCAGUGUGGAGCAGAAGAGGUCACAGCACCACCACGUGAAAGAAGAGGAGCCACAGCCCCCCCACUUUCAGGAUGAAGAAAAACAGCGGCUGUCCCCCCACUUCAUAGAGGAAGACAAGAGACACCUCAUCAGUGUGAAGAGUGAAGAUGAUGAGGUCAAAGGUGAGAGUGAACAGAAGUGGAGCUUCAGGAUGCGGACGGAGGAGCCACAGCCCUCCCACAUUAAGGAGGAAGAGGAAUACCCACUGACACCCCAUUUUAAAGAGGAAGCGGUGGAUCCACUGAGCACUCACAUUAAGGACGAAGAGGAGGACACACGGACCUCUCACAUUAAAGAGGAAGAGGAGGAACACAGCAUCAGUCAGCAGGGAGAGCAUCUUGAAGGACUGGAGGAGGUUGAUGUCACCAAGAUGCCAGUGACUGGUGUCCCUGUGAAGAGUGAAGGUGAUGAGGUCAAAGGUGAGAGUGAGGAGAAGAGAGAGGCGGAGCCUCCAAGCAGCAGCUCAACUCAACACAUGACAACAGAAGCUGAUGGAGACCACUGUGGAGGAUCACAAGCAGACAAGCUCUUAGCUCCACUAUCAGAUAGUGAGGACACAACGUCACACUCUCCUGACACUGAUGAUGAAGACUCUAAAGAUGAUAAGACAUGUCACACUGACAACACACACUUCACAUGUUCUCUCUGUGACAAAACCUUUAAACACAAUUGUCAUCUAAAAAUACACAUGAGAACACACACUGGAGAAAAACCUUUUUCAUGUUCAAUCUGCAGUAAAGCUUUUACUUAUAAGCAAGAUUUGAAAAUACACAUGAAAACACACACUGGAGAGAAACCUUUUUCCUGCUCAGAAUGUGGUAGAGAUUUUACUCGAAAGCCCAAUUUGAAGGCACACAUGAGAACACACACUGGAGAAAAACAUUUUUCCUGCUCAGAAUGUGGUAAAGGGUUUGUAAGAAAUCCAAGUUUAAAAAUACACAUGAGAACACACACUGGAGAAAAACCUUUUUCGUGUUUAAUCUGCGGUAAAGGUUUUACUCAAAGUCAAUCCUUCAAAACACACAAGAGAAUACACACCGGAGAAAAACCUUUUUCCUGCUCAGAAUGUGGUAAAAGUUUUGUAAAUAAGCCAAAUUUAAAAUCACACAUGAGAACACACACUGGAGAAAAACCUUUUUCGUGUUUAAUCUGCGGUAAAAAUUUUACUCAAAGGCAAUCUUUCAAAACACACAAGAGAACACACACUGGAGAUAAACCUUUUUCCUGCUCAGAAUGUGGUAAAAGUUUUGUAAAUAAUCCAAGUUUAAAAGUACACAUGAGAACACACACUGGAGAAAAACCUUUUUCAUGUUCAAUCUGCGGUAAAGACUUUACCCGAAGGGACAAUUUAAAAGCACACAAGAGAGGGCACUCUGGUGAAAAACCAUACUCCUGUUCAAGCUGCCACAAAAGCUUUCAUCACCCAAAAUCUAUUAAAGCACACAUGAGAAUACACACACGGGAAAGAAAGUGUUGAGUUGCAGUGUGUGUGGUGAAAGAUUCUCCUAUAAGUACCAGUGUAAGAAACACAAGUGUGCUGGUGAGAACAGCAGCAGCAAAUGAAGAUGCAGGAUUUGAAAUAAACUGUCAAAACUUUAACUUUGUCAUGACUUGGACUUUGGCUUGGUUUGUUCUCCCGUGGUGCAAAUGAACUGGACUGGUCAAGGCUUGAAGGUGGGUACAUGAUUUAUUUUAAACUAUCAAAAAAGGAAUAAACAAAAAGCGCGCACAGUGGCGGAGAAUAAAACUAGACUUUAAACACAAAACUUGCACAUUGGCAGAAACUAUGAACAAUUAAACAAAACACUAACUGUGGCUUAACAAACAAAAACUUACUUGGCAUGGAACCGGCAUGAAAAAAAGAGUAGCAAGGGUCAUCAGGGUGUGGAGAGAGUGCAGGAGCAUAAAUGUGGUGAUGUCGUCAGAACGAACAACAGAAAAUGAAUGAACUUAAAUACUAUGGACAUGAUUAGUGAAAGCAGGUGCGUGACUCGAAACAGGUGCGUGACGUGACAGGUGAAAACUAAUGGUUGCUAUGGUGACAAGAGUGCACAAUGAGUCCAAACGUGGAACAGGUGCGUGACGUGACAGGUGAAACUAAUGGUUGCUAUGGUGACAAAACAAAACAAAAGUGCACAAAAAGUCCAAAAUUUAAACUGAACAUUACUAAAACAAAACAUGAUCACACAGACAUGACAAACUUUGACUUUCUAACAACAUCAGCACAUAUAACAUGUGUGACAUCAUUGUUGUGUGUGUAACACAAUCUUGUUAAUAACAUUUAUAGAUUAGACACUUCAGAUUAGUGCUUUUAUUUCAGUCAAGUACAUGAGUUAAUAUACACAUUUGUGUACUUUAAAAUGAACAGAACAAUUUGACUGGAAAGGUGGGAAUAAACAGUACAUAAAAUAUGUUACAUACAAUAAACAUUUUGUGUGUAGAUAUUCAUAAUUCACUUUUAUACUUAUUCAUAAUAGUGUUUUUGUAUAAGUUUUUCGAAAUAAUGAAGUGUUACAUAUUUUAUUUUCUAUUUGUGGAUUAUUCCAUAGAUGAACUCCUUUAUAUGAUAUACAUAUUUGUUUUACAUGUGUUCAUACCUUUGCUUUUGAGUACUGUCAUGUCUGUGUAAUCAUGUUUUGUUUUAGUCAUGUUUUGUUUAGUUAUUGGACUCUUUAGUUUCUGGCUUUUCACUCCCUUGUCUUGUUUCCAUGAUUACCCAUGAGUUUCACCUGUUCCACGUUUGGACUCAUUGUGCACUCUUGUUUGUCACCAUAGCAACCCAUUAGUUUUCACCUGUCACGUCACGCACCUGUUUCACGUUUUGAGUCACGCGCCUGUUUUCGUUAAUCAUGUCUGUAGUAUUUAAGUUCAUUGUUUUCAGUUUGUCUUUCUGGUGACAUCCCACAAUUGUGCUCUGCACAUUUCUGACACUUGAUUUCAUGUCCAUCGUUCAUGCUGCUCCUUUUAGUCCAUGCCAAGUAAGUUUUGUUUAUUGAUGCUAUAGUCUUUUGGUUUCAUAGUUUGUUCUCCGCCACUGUGCGCGCUUUUCGUUUGUACUUUAUUUUGAUAUAUUAAAUAAAUCAUGUAUUUACAUUCCCGUCUCGCCCGAGCCAACUUUCCGUUGCAUUCCGGAAAAGCAAACACCCAGGACCAAGUCAUGACAAGUACACAUAAAUCCCUCUUAGUUCAUAUUUACUGGUUCACAUCUGAAACAUCUUCUGGACCACUUCUGGAAGCAUAUUAUUAUUUACUUUAUACAUCAUUUGAGCAGUUGUCCUUUAUACAAUUUUAAAAUGUGUGACUUUAUGAAUCAAUUGUUGGGUCUCUAUAAUCCAUUC